CUGAGGGGAAAGUAAGCUUGGCUUCAGUGAGGAGGGAAGAGACAGAAGCCGGGACAGACAGAGACAACUUUCUUCCACACUCUCUGUAAUAGUUUUUUUCCACGGUGAGCGUGUUUGGUGCGCUUGGAAAGGAGCGCGCAAUCUUUCUCGUCACUUUAGAGAUUUUUAUGUUUGUGGGGAGGCGCUCAAAAUUAAGAUAAGUGAGAGCAGUGGAUGUGAAAAGCGGCUGAAGGUUUUUAUCACAGAGCCGGAGGAAUGUAUCCAAGUCGGGCAACAGCGGCGGCGGCAGCGACGUGCCAGCGUCAGUGGAGAUGUCCAGCGUGCGCUCUGUGGAUCACACUGCUCCUCCAAAGUGUCCUGGACCUGAGCGCGUCUGGGUCUGAAUUUCCCCAAGACCCCAGUGUGCUAGCUACCACCUCAUGGAACACCUCUAGUGAUGGAUCCCUCUUCAUCCGCCUCGAGUCUCCCCUGAACAACAUCACCACCUCUCUGGGUCAGACGGCCGAGCUCUUCUGUCGCGUGGCUGGUAACCCUCCGCCCACUGUCCGCUGGCUGAAGAACGACGCCCCUGUCGUGCAGGAGCCGCGCCGGGUCUCCUACCGGUCCACGCCGUAUGGAUCGCGACUCCGGAUCCGCAACCUGGACACGACUGACACGGGCUACUUCCAGUGCGUCGCCACUAACAACCAGGGGACUGUGUCCACCACGGGCGUGCUGUUUGUCAAAUUUGAUCCACUCCCUACACCUCUGCCAGGAAGGCCAACGGAGGAAUUUGACGAGGAGGGAUUCUGCCAGCCGUACAGAGGCAUAGCCUGCGCGCGCUUCAUCGGGAACCGCAGCAUCUUUGUCGAUUCGCUGCAGAUGCAGGGCGAGAUUGAGACCCAGAUUACAGCGGCCUUCACUAUGAUUGGCACGUCCAACCAUCUGUCCGACCGCUGCUCCCAGUUUGCCAUCCCGUCUCUCUGCCACUUCGCCUUCCCGACGUGCGACCGCAGCUCAGGAGCGGACAAACCCCGAGACCUGUGCAAGGACGAGUGUGAGAUCCUGGAGAACGACCUGUGCAAGACGGAGUACAUCAUCGCGCGCUCGAACCCUCUAAUCCUGAAGAGGCUGAAACUGCCAAACUGUGAGGACCUGGCUGCCUCCGAGAGUCCAGAGGCUGCAAACUGCCUGAGGAUAGGCAUCCCCAUGGCCGAGCCCAUUAACAAGAAUCACAAAUGUUACAACAACAGUGGGUCAGACUACCGUGGGACAGUCAGUAUGACAAAGUCGGGGCGCCAGUGUCAGCCGUGGAACUCCCAGUAUCCUCACAGCCACACCUACUUGGCUAUUCGCUACACCGAGUUAAACGGCGGGCACUCGUACUGUCGCAACCCGGGGAGCAAGCACGAGGCCCCCUGGUGCUUCACACUGGAUGAAGGAGUUCGCAUGGAGCUUUGUGAAAUUCCCAUCUGUGACCAUAAAGACAGGUCUGGCGGCGGCAACAUGGAGAUCUUGUACAUCCUGGUUCCCAGUGUGGCCAUCCCAUUAGCCAUCGCCUUGCUGUUCUUCUUCAUUUGUGUGUGCCGCAACAAUCAGAAGUCCUCCAGGCCUCCUGCCCCUCGCCAACCCAAACCAGUGCGAGGACAAAACGUGGAGAUGUCCAUGCUCACAACGGCAUACAAGCCCAAGAGUAAAGCUAAAGAGCUUCCUUUGUCAGCUGUGCGCUUCAUGGAGGAGAUGGGCGAGUGCACGUUGGGGAAGAUCUACAAGGGUCACCUGUAUCUGCCUGGUAUGGACCAGGCUCAGCUUGUGGCCAUUAAAACCCUGAAGGACAUCUCCAGUACCCAGCAGUGGGGAGACUUCCAGCAGGAGGCUGCGGUGCUGACAGAGCUCCAACACCCAAAUGUGGUGUGUCUGCUGGGUGUGGUGACCCAGGAGCAGCCAGUGUGCAUGCUCUUCGAGUUUCUCCCACAAGGCGACCUCCACGAGUUCCUCAUCAUGCGCUCGCCGCACUCUGACGUCGGCUGCAGCAGCGACGAGGACGGCACGGUCAAAUCCAGCCUGGAUCAUGGAGACUUCCUGCACAUGGCCCUACAGGUGGCUGCUGGGAUGGAGUACUUGGCGAGUCACUUCUACAUCCACAAAGACCUCGCUGCACGGAACAUUUUAGUUGGGGAACAGCUUCACGUCAAGAUCUCAGACCUGGGUCUCUCCAGAGAGAUCUACUCCUCAGACUACUACUGCGUCCAACCUAAGACGCUGCUGCCCAUACGCUGGAUGUCCCCGGAGGCCAUCACCUAUGGCAAGUACACCACGGACUCGGACGUCUGGUCGUUCGGCGUCGUGCUGUGGGAGAUGUUCAGCUACGGCCUGCAGCCCUACUAUGGCUUCUCCAACCAGGAAGUGAUGGAGAUGGUGAGAAAGAGGCAGCUGCUGCCCUGCCCUGAGGACUGCCCGCCAAGGUUCUAUGGUUUGAUGACCGAGUGUUGGCAGGAGGGGCCAGGACGUAGGCCGAAGUUCAAGGACAUCCACGCCCGCCUGCGAGCCUGGGAGGGGCAUUCGUCCCACGCCAGUUCGAGUACGCCCUCUGGUGGUGGAGGUAACGCCACCACCCAGACCACCUCGCUUAGUGCCAGCCCGGUCAGCAACCUCAGCAACCCUCGUUAUGCUGCUGCCGCCACCGCCGCGGGUUACCUCUACCCAGCCCAGGCUAUUCCGUCACCAGGCCAGAUGGCCGCCAUUCCAGGCUGGACACCCAUGGCUGUGCCCCAAACCCACCAGCGCUUCAUCCCCGUCAACGGAUACCCCAUCCCAACAGGAUACGCGGCUUUUCCUGCCCACUUCCCUCCCCCGGCUCCGCCCACCAGAGUAAUCCAGCACCACCUGCCGCCUCCGAAAAGCCGCUCGCCCAGCAGCGCGAGCGGCUCCACCAGCACGGGUCACGUCAGCGGCGUCCCCUCCACCACGGGCUCUAACCAUGAUGCCAACGUGCCCCUGCUCUCCCACUGCAUCAUGCCAGGGAGCGGCGGCGUUUCAGCCCAGAUGUACGGACAAGUUACCCAGAAGGGGAUGGGACAGCUGGGCCACGGUGAUUCUGAUGUACUGAUGUACAAUGACUCGGUCAUCACCGCAGACCUGUAGACACACACACACACUUUUCUUUUACUCUUGGGACCCAAAUAUGAGAAGUUCUGCCUCUCACCCCGGGACCUGGUAUAAACAAAUCUAACCUGAUCACGCAGAGACAAACAGAAACAGGUCUGGAUGUGCAACAAACACUGUCGCAGCUACACAAGUAUACACACAGCUGUUUGACACUGAAACGCCUUACAGGUUCCAGCAAGUGUACUUACUACCAUGGUUUGAAAAAACGUUUUAUAUUUUAACCUCUUGUAAAUACGGUACUUAAGUCCUGAAUGAAUGAAACACAAAGAUAUAUAUUCAAAAGAACAUUUUUUUUAUAUGGGAAAACACUUUAAGGGUGAAAAGUAGCAUGAGCAUCCUGUGUCUUUUCUCCCGUGUCGACAAGUCAAAGGUGUGUUUCGUGCAGGACGUUCAUACGCGUGGCCUUUGAGCAGCGAGUGUGACUCGCUUCUCGAAAUUGUUUCUGAACAUGAAAAUACAAAAGUAUUCUUGUACAGCGAAAGAAAAGUGCAUAAAGUGAAACGGGAAGAAGUGAGAGAUGUGGUGGGGUUUUACUGAGAAGACCAGUGUCCAACUCGCCAAAUACAAGUCACAAGUAACCUUGCCAUGAAACGGACUAAACUUUAGAUGUUUAGAUUUUUCACAUGGGAGCUUUUCCAACAAAAAUACUUUUGUGCUGAAUGUGACAACUGAAUGUUUUCACUCCACCUCAAAGUGACUCUUCAGCAGCAUGGACGCACACGUGGACCUUUGAUUUCCCACCUCAGGACAUUACAGUCGUGUCCACGCUGAGACUGAACAUUAGAUCCUGCAUCAGCUUCUCUCUCCACUUCCAUCCCCCAGUGUUCCUGAAUGUUGUGCACCCUCCAUCAUCGUGUCUGCUCUCUUCACGGUCUCCGUCUUCUCACCUCGCAGCGAAUGUUGGCUUCUAACGUCAACGCCGGCUGCAGAGAACCCUCCUCCAGAUGUACACAUGAAAUCACACAGCAGUUUUAUCCUCACAGGCAGUGCCAAUUUUACUCUGUCACAUUAACUGAAGUUUCAGGCCUCUUUUUAAGAAAAAAAAAGCUUUUUAUUUUAUUUUUUUUAGAUUGGAUUUGAUAUUUAAAUUUUUUUUUUUUUUUGGUGCUUAUAUGUUGAAAGAAUUUCCAGAUUUUAUUUACAGGGCUUUGUCUUUGCAUCAUUUUUACUUCCCCUGUUUUACAUUAUGUAUUGUGCAACUCAUAAUAGUUAUAUGCAUGUGUGCAUAUAUGCAUUUACUCUGAUAAUCAUGUUGCGAUAUGAAGACGUGUGCGUGUGUGUGUGUGUGUGUGUGUGUUAGGGCUGAUCACUUCAUCGAAAUUUGAUCUAAAUUGCAAUAUUUGUUAAAGCCGAAGUGUGUGUCAAAGUAUCAUUUGAUAUGAAUUAUUGUGUUGACCUUUACACGUCUUAGUCUACAGACUUUGUUUCUCACAGAUCUGCAAAAACGUCACACUACACAUGUGUAGUGUGACACACAUGUGUUUUUUUUUCCAAAUGAAAAGGAGAAUAAAGAUGUAAGAAAUGACCAUUCCCUCUGAUAUCGCCAUUGCAAUUCCUAUCAAAAUAAUCCCAAUUAGGUAUUUAUUCAAAAUUGUUCAGCCCUAGCGUGUGUGUAUGUGUGUGUGUGUU